AUGUGCGAGCGCCAAGAAAAUCCGCACUUGCCAAACCUCACUCAAACCACCACAUUUCUCUCCUCUGACACUCAGCAUCGUGUGCGAUUCCACGAAGAGCGCAAGGAACUCGCAACAAUGCUUAUCCCUAAGGCCGAUCGCAAGAAGAUCCACGAGUACCUCUUCAAGGAGGGUGUGCUCGUGGCCAAGAAGGACUACAACCUCCCUAAGCACGGUGACAUCGACACCAAAAACCUCUUUGUCAUCAAGGCUCUGCAGUCCCUCACCUCUCGCGGCUAUGUGAAGACUCAGUUCUCCUGGCAGUACUACUACUACACCCUGACUCCCGAGGGACUCGACUACCUGCGCGAAUGGCUCCAUCUGCCGGCUGAGAUUGUUCCCGCAACUCACAUCAAGCAGCAACGCUCGCACGCUCCUCCUCGUGGUAUGAUGGGUGGUGAAGACCGUGAGCGCCGUGGUGGAGGCCGUGGUGGUCCUCGACGUGACGGUGACCGUGAGGGUGGUUAUCGUCGCCGUGAUGCUGGUGAGGGCAAGGAAGGCGGUGCUCCUGGCGAGUACACUCCUCAAUUCCGUGGAGGCUUCGGCCGUGGUCGUGGUGCUGCUCCCCCUGCGGCCAGUUAA